AUGUCUAAUCCUUCCUUGGUGCUUAACAAGAUCGAUGACAUCUCCUUCGAGGACUACGAAUUGCCCAAGAUCACCGAGCCCCACGAUGUCCUCGUAGAUGUGAAAAAAACUGGAAUCUGUGGUUCUGACAUCCACUACUAUGCUCACGGAAAGAUCGGUGACUUUGUGUUGACCAAGCCAAUGGUAUUGGGCCACGAGUCCGCUGGUGUGGUGACUGCUGUCGGCUCCGCUGUCACCUCCUUGAAGGUUGGCGACAAGGUUGCAAUUGAGCCUGGUGUGCCUUCCAGAUUGAGUGAUGAGUACAAGUCUGGUCACUACAACUUGUGUCCACACAUGGUGUUUGCUGCCACUCCAAACUCCACUGAAGGCGAGCCAAACCCUCCAGGAACCUUGUGUAAAGUUUACAAGUCCCCUGAGGACUUUUUGGUCAAGUUGCCUGACCAUGUUUCUCUUGAGUUGGGUGCAUUGGUGGAGCCAUUGACUGUUGGUGUCCAUGCCUCUAGAUUGGGUAAGGUCACUUUUGGUGAUCACGUUGCCGUGUUUGGCGCUGGCCCAGUUGGUUUGCUUGCUGCUGCCGUAGCCAGAAAAUUUGGCGCUGCCUCCGUCACCGUCAUCGAUAUCUUCGACAACAAGUUGCAAAUGGCCAAGGACAUUGGUGCUGCAACCCACACAUUCAACUCCAAGUCAAGCACUCCAUUCUCUGAGGCUUUGCCUGCUGGCCAGCGUCCAAACGUGAUCUUGGAGUGUACUGGUGCUGAGGUCUGUAUCCAGCAAGGUGUCCUUGCCUUAAAGGCUGGUGGACGCUUUGUCCAGGUUGGAAAUGCCGGUGCAUAUGUUAAAUUCCCAAUUACUGAAUUCGCCACGAAGGAGUUGUCCUUGUUUGGCUCAUUCCGUUACGGCUACGGUGAUUACAAGACGUCAGUGGACAUUUUGGACGAGAACUACAAGAACGGCAAGGACAAAGCCCAGAUUGAUUUCGAGGCUUUAAUCACUCACCGCUUUACCUUUAAGGAUGCCAUCAAGGCCUACGACUUGGUGCGUUCCGGUGCUGGUGCCGUGAAAUGUAUAAUUGACGGACCUGAGUAA